AUGUUUGAAUGCUUCGCCGAUAAAGUUGAACUUAGUCAUGAUGUUAGAAGGCAGACGGGCUUGUCGAAAUUAAUCGUACUUAAUUGCGAAUUCGGCAGGUCACGUACCCACCGUCCAAGUCGACUUGUUACGAAACCGUACGCCAAGCCAAGCACCACGUUAAGGAACUUGUGCUUGUAUCUGAGUGGAUCUGGAUUGUUGAUUGAACAGCUCCAACUGGAACAUCACUCAAUUCAGGUCAGAGAGGAAUUAAUAUCGUCUUGUCAGGUAGCAGAAAAUCAAUACUCAAAGGAGAGAUUUGGAACUCCAAUACCAGAAGCUGAUAUAGCAUCAAAAUCGCGGAAAAGCUUCUCAAAGGCAACGGAGAAGAAAUGUUACUGGGCGAUGAAAAUCUUCAACUGGAAAGCCUGGCGUAACGAACGUGCAGUACAGGGCUCCACCUCUGACAUGCAUCUCAGCCCCAUUCGAGUGGAAUUACUGGAGAUGACAAAGGAUGAACUCUGCUUUUCUCUGACAAGAUUUGUCUCGGAGGCCAAAAAGCAGAACAGGGAUCCUUAUCCUGCAGAAAUAUUAUACGAAAUUGUAAUAUCUAUUCAGAUGUAUCUGUGGAUGAAUGGACAGGACAUGAAAUUUCUCAACGAUGAGGAAUUUACUGUUCUGAAGAAUACCCUGGACACGCGAAUGAAAGAGCUUAGGACAUCGUGUUCAUCGUCGACAGGCUGAGGUGAUAACAGAAGACAAGGAGGAGACUUUGUGGGAGACUGGAGUACUUGGCGAUGAAUCUCCACAGAAACUUCUAGACACAAUUUUGUAUCUUUUUGGAAUUCACUUCGCCCUGCGAGCAGGAUCUGAACACCGCCAGUUGAGAUUUGAGAACUCACACCUCUUGGUCCAAACGGACAGUGAGGGAUCUCGCUACUUGCUCUAUACGGAGGAUGUCUCAAAAAACAGACAAGGUGGGU